GCGAUCUGACAACUUAUGAGUCGGAUUCAAAACUUAGUGAUUUGUGCGUGCCGCGUCCCUGCACGAAUCGCGUUGUUUAUCGUGUCCCAAUACUCUGCUAAAGACCAGGAGGGGAAAAACCUUUUUCGCCGCCAAAGCUCCAUGGGAGGAAAUGGAACCAUCGUCGCUUCUUCUGGUCCCCAAGAACAAGAAGCUAAGCUCAGCUACUUCCUCCAAUGGCUACAGGCCAACGGAGGAGAGCUGCGAGGCUGUAGUAUCCGUUACUGCGGACCCGAGAAGGGCUUCGGUAUAUACUCCACCUCUGGCAAUAAUGGUGAUGGUAUCGUCAUGGUUGUUCCGCUUGAUUUGGCCAUCUCGCCCAUGAGAGUGCUCCAGGACCAAUUCGUGGGUCCUCGAUGUAGGGCCUUGUUCGAGGAAGGCGACGUCGAUGACCGUUUUCUGAUGAUGGUGUUUUUGGUGGUGGAGCGAUUGCGUCCGAACUCAGUUUGGAAGCCGUUUUUUGACUUGCUUCCGAGCACCUUUGGGAGUACCCUAUGGUUCUCAGAAGAUGAGCUUGCUGAAUUGAGAGGGACAGCCUUGCACCGAGCCACAUUGGUCCAGAGGAAACAAUUGCUAGCAUUAUUUAAUGACAAGGUCCGAAGCCUAGUUGAAGAGCUUUUGCAUUGUGACGAAGGUUUUGAUAGAGCUACCGAAGUGCGAUUUGAAGAUUUCCUUUGGGCAAAUUCCAUAUUCUGGACUAGGGCUCUGAACAUUCCAUUUCCUCAUUCUUAUGUAUUUCCUGAGCCAGUCAAGGUGCUAGGCAAUAAUUCUUCACUUAAUAGCAGUGAAGUGGGUACUAAUCCAUCUGAAAUUCCUGGUAAAACAUCUGUCCAUGAGCAGAAUGGGAAAACUGAGGGGGUGCUUAUGUUAGAUGGUGUUAAGGAUCACGACAAGGCUGAUGAAACUUCAAAAAAUAAAGGUUCAGAGACUGUCUGGGUAGAGGGGCUUAUUCCUGGAAUUGAUUUUUGUAACCAUGGUUUGAAGGCAGAUGCAACGUGGGAGGUUGAUUCCACUGGAGAUGUGACUGGAAUUCCUGCCUCAAUGUAUCUCACACUUGCUGAUCAGCAGAACUUUGAAGAUGGGAAAGAGAUAUGCAUCAGCUAUGGUAACAAAGGCAAUGAGGAACUGUUGUAUCUUUAUGGAUUUGUUCUUGACAACAACCCAGAUGACUUUCUCAUGGUCCAUUAUCCCAUGGAAGCAUUACAUAAUGUUCCAUUAUCAAGUAUCAAAGCAGGGCUUAUAGAAGCUCAGAAAGUUGAACUUAGAUGUCUCCUACCGAAAAGUUUACUUGAUGAUGGUUUCUUCAGUGAAAAAUGUCAAGACAGUACAAAAAGUCUGGCUGGCCAGACCUAUAACUAUAGUUGGAGCGGAGAGCGUAAAGUUCCUUCAUAUUUGAGCAAAUUAGUUUUUCCUCAAGAGUUUCUUGUGGCUUUACGGACGAUUGCAAUGCAAGAGCAUGAGCUUAGGCAAGUUACUUCGUUACUAGAAGAGCUUGGCACGGCUGGAGAGGAGAGACAACCAUCUGAUAAAGAUGUUGAAGCAGCUGUAUGGGAAGUAUGUGGGGAUUAUGGAGCGUUGGAGCUGCUUGUUGAACUUCUCCGCAUGAAAUUGACAGAACUUGAGGAGGGAUCCGGAACAGAAGACUGUGAUGAUGAAAUCCUCGCAAACUCAGUCACAGAGCUUCAAGAUUUUGAGAGAACCAAGACGAGCACGACAGAGGAGAAGUCGAUGACAACGAUGAGCAGAACACGGCGGUCUUGCGUGGUGUAUAGAAAAGGGCAGAAGCAUCUCACACGCCUCUUUCUGAGAGAAGCUGAACAAGCUCUGGAGUUGUGUGCAGCUGAACAUUCAUAACUCCCAAUCCCCGCCCAAGUUGCAGAGAUGCUGCAAGUGCAAUCCAAUGAGCUACUGCUUCACAUAAAGAUUAAACUCUUCUUUUUCCCCUUCAUUCUAGAUAUGUGAACGUCAAAAUAUAGCUGUGAUGAUCUCCUAGUGAUCUGUAUACUUAAUUGAAUUAUGAGUCGUUUAAAUAAAAUUCAACUAACUAUCAA